AAGAACGGUUUAUUCGCGCAUGCGCUCUGGUGUUCCUUCCUUUUCGACAUCCCGAGCGAGAGAGACAAGAUGGGCCACCAGCAGCUCUAUUGGAGUCACCCGCGCAAAUUCGGCCAGGGAUCUCGAUCCUGCCGUGUGUGCUCAAACAGACAUGGUCUGAUCCGCAAAUAUGGGCUGAACAUGUGCCGUCAGUGCUUCAGACAAUACGCAAAAGACAUCGGCUUUGUGAAGCUGGAUUAAGCUUGUGGAUUGCAGAGCUUCAGCCAUGUGGAAACAACAUCCCCCCCCAGGCAACCAAAAUGACAUCGUUUUGGAAUUAUCAAUAAACACUUUUUUCUGGUUAUAA